AUUUGAUAUAUUCCAGUUAGAACCUGAAGAAAAGAUAGCACAGGAAAAGAAGGACAACGAGGACAAGACCAACUUCGUCGAGAAAAUCGUGAACUUCUUCAAAAGCGUCGUGACCCUCCUGAGCACCAGGAACAUGCGCCGCCGUUGCCUCAUCAUCUUCUUCGCCUGGUUCGUGGUCAGCAUGGUCUACUACGGCCUCACCUUCAGCGGAGGAAACAUCAAAGCCUCUGUGUACCUCAUGGUGUUCAUGAGCGGCCUGGUGGAGAUCCCCUCAUACCUGCUCGUCUGCUGGACCCUGAAGAAAUUCGGUCGCCGACUCAACCUGUGCGUCCUCUUCGUCAUCUGCGGCGCCGCCUGUCUGCUCAUCCUGGCGGUGCCCAAAGAGCAAGUGUGGCUCAACCUGACCCUGGCGACCAUCGGCAAGUUCUUCAACUCGUCGGCCUUCGGCGUCGCCUACAUCUACUCCGCCGAGCUGGUCCCGACGGGCGUGCGCAACAUCAGUGUCGGGACCUCGUCUAUGUGCGCCCGAAUCGGCUCCGCGCUCGCGCCCUUCAUCGUCGACCUGCUGGGCGACGUCCACUACGCCGUGCCCUCCACCGUCUUCGGCCUGCUGUCUGUCGCCGCCGGCCUGCUCGCCCUCCUGCUUCCCGAGACAGGCAACAGCAGGCUCCCAGAAACGGUGGAGGAGGUCGAGGCCAUGCCCAGGUAGUGGGGGCACAGGGAGCGGUGUUGAUGGCCCAAGAGGAAGAGUGGAAGCGACCAAGCAUUUCUAUAGCAGUAAUUCUCUUUAUCUCAUGAAAGAGGAAAAAGAGUUUUGCGAAAAGAGAAGAAAUUGUAAAGAGAGAGAUUCUGCUGGCUCAUAUCUCUCGAAAAAAACGAGGAAAAUGAAACAAGAAAGGAAAAGAAAUUUGAAAAAAUAAAGGCUUAGAGCGCGGAAAGAGGGAGGCAGAAAUUUGUCUUGAUCACGCACACAUGUGCAAUCAAGCAAACAAACACCCAGACACACACGCGCACACAAGCAAACAAGCACUCAUACACAUACAUACAUACACACAAACAAACAAACACUUGCACACACAAGCACACUAAUACAUGAAUGUACGUAUAUAUACAUAUGUAUCUAGUGUCCAUAGCCAUUUUUCCAUUAUCAAGCAAUAUUUAGUGCUUGUGAGACCCAGUGAUGAGUGCUUCCUGCAACCAUAAUUCUCCAGAAUUGUGAUACGCUUAGCAGGAAAAUAGAUAUCAAAGGCAAUGUUUUAUCUUCAUAAAACCGUUUGUUCAUAGCAAUGUCAUGUUUCUUUUGUCAUUUUAGGCUUAGUUUGAUGGUUGUUUGUAGUGAGUGACUUUUAUGUGUGUUGUCUGUUGGUUAGGAUAAAAUAUACAA